GUAACCCGGAAACACACACGGAUAUUGUAGAUCAGAUAGGAAAAUAUUGCAGACAUUUACGCUGUAAAAUCACCUGAAAUCAUGGCAUAGAAAAGGUUUUUUUAUCUCCCAAAAUCAGCGAAGAGUUUGCAAACUCUUUUGGACAAUGUUAAGAUAGUAAGAAGUCAAGCUGUCAGUCUGACAUGAUGAUUUCUCCAUUGGGUUCAUCCAGAAGUCGCAUGAUGAAGAAUGUCAUUUUUGAUGAACUAUAGAUUUCACUGGACCAAGAGCUGCUGGAGGAUGAUGAUCUAGGAUUAUUCAGGAUUUCUCCAGUCCCCUGAAAACUUUUGUCCAUCAUGUUUGUGACAGCAUACCUGGCAUUUAUAGUUUUGGCAGGACUGUGCGUGGCUUUAGAGAUUGCAGCCCGUCGUCUCACCUCAUUCCAGGCCACACAGACAGCUGUCGCCAAUCCGGCAUUCCAGCGUUUUCAGAAGCUCUUUCUGAAGGCGUAUCUUCUGGCCCUCUGGGCAGACUGGCUGCAGGGACCUUACCUUUAUAAACUGUAUCGACAUUACAACUUCCUGGAGUCUCAGAUCGCCAUCCUAUAUGUAUUCGGUCUGGCUUCUUGCGUGCUAUUUGCCCCAGUGGCCGGCUGGCUACCACAGUUUCUUGGGCGAAGACAGACGUGUCUCCUCUUCUGCCUGACCUAUUCUAUCUGCUGCUUCACCAAGCUGUCACAAGACUAUUUUGUGCUCAUACUAGGACGUGUUCUAGGAGGCCUGUCCACCUCUCUGCUAACCACCACUUUUGAGGCCUGGUAUGUGCACGGUCACGUUGACGUCCAUGAUUUUCCCAAAGAAUGGAUUCCUGUCACCUUCGGUAAAGUCGCAAAUUGGAAUCACGGACUGGCAGUUGGCGCCGGGCUGGUGGCGAAUCUGUUUGCCGAAUGGCUUGGGCUGGGGCCGGUCGCUCCGUUUCUUUUGGCGAUCCCAAGCCUUGCCGCCUGUGCCUGGUUUGUGCUGUCCGAAUGGGGUCAGGAGGACAGACAGGAGAGCGCACACGGAGACAAGAACGCCCCCCUUCUCAACCCUCUAAACGCCCCCAAGUUGCAAAUGUCAACGCGGGCCCGUUUCUGGCGUAGCUGUGUGGACGGCCUGCGCUGCUUGCUGUCUGACCGCCGCGUUAUGCUUUUGGGUGGCGUUCAGGCACUUUUUGAAAGCGUUCUCUAUAUAUUUGUUUUUCUUUGGACUCCUGUACUGGACCCACACGGCCCGCCGCUAGGAAUCAUUUUCUCCAGUCUGAUGGCGGCCAGCUUGGCCGGCUCCACGCUUUUCCGACUGGCCACGUCGGCCCCGUAUCGACUCCAACCCGGUCACCUGCUCUGCUUAGCCGUUCUACUAGCUUUCUUCUCCUUCUUCAUGCUGACGUUCUCCACGGUGCCCGGCCAGCCCCGGCCGAGGGAAUCUCUUCUCGCCUUCCUUCUGCUGGAACUAGCCUGCGGGCUUUAUUUCCCGGCGGUAAGUUUUCUCCAGGGCCGUGUGGUUCCCAUGGAACGCAGGGCUGCCGUGCUGGCUUGGUUUCGUUUGCCUCUUCACCUCCUGGCUUGCCUGGGGCUGCUGGCUCUUCACGGGGAGGUGUCGGGGGCCGGUGCGGGUGAGGCCGGCAGUGGCACCAGACACAUGUUUGCAGGCUGUGCAGGGAUGAUGCUGGCCGCUCUGCUUGCUGUCGUCAGCCUUUUCACUGUGGGCAGGAAUGAUGCAGACCUCAGACUAGAGGGGACCAAAUUAGAGGGAGAAAUCUGAGUAACACUGGAUUUCAAUAUAAGGACUGGGGUUAUUUUUUUGUAUGCUUUGUUUUCUUUAUGAAUGUUGUCUUAGUUAAACAAAUGUAUUUAAUGGUAAAACUAAUCAGAAAGAACAUGGCUUUAUUUUUUUUCUUCUAACUGCAAUGUCAAUAGUACCAAUAAACACCUUCAAAUCUGA